AUGAACAUCAACGUGCCGGGCCUUUUGGACGCGGCGAUCCCCAAGCCGGGGGAGUCGAACCGCAACGUCCAGAUCAUCGCCAACAACAUGAACGGGCCCAACCACAACGACCCGGGGUUCCUGUCGGACGAGUUCCCGCGGAGCCCGCCCAGGCUCUACGUCACGUCCGAGGACGACGAGUUCGACGGCCAGACUCUCGCCGAGUGGCGCGCCGAGGGCUUCCGCGUCGACUACCUCCCCAUGGGCGCCGGCGGCAAGGAGUACAAGCUCCGGCUCGACGGCCUCCGGAGGCAGGGGCUGGGCCCCUGCGAGACCUUCGGCAUCGUCGCCUACGGCGAGGCCGCCAGCCAGUGCCUCGAGCACUUCCACAUGCUGGACAACAACCCGGACUUCAAGCUCGCGCUGCUGGUCGCGUACUACCCGACCCGGAUCCCGGACCCCAAGGGGCGCUACCCCGGAGGCGUGCAGGUGCUGGUGCACCUGGCGGGCGACUCGGUGGGCGUGGUGAAGCAGAGCCAGAUGGCGGGGAUCCAGGGCAAGAAGCGCAUCAGGAGGACGCGCAUCGACCGGGGCGUCGGGACGGGCUGCCUGGUGCGCAUGGCCUUCUCGGCCUUCAGCUACCCGGACGCGGACCCGGGGUUCGCGGAGCGGGACCUGGACUCGUACGACAAGGUCGCGGGCGACCUGGCGUGGGACCGCAGCCUGGCGGCGGCGCGGAAGGCGUUCCGGUGGGACACCAACGUCAACGGGGUGGUGGAGGAGAACAUGGAGAGCAAGUUCUUCGCCAAGGACGAGGAGAGGCUCAUGAAGACGUACACGACGGCGCACACCCCGCACACGACCUUCAUGCCCACGCUCGUGGGCGGCAUCGGCACCGAGGAGGUCUCGCGGUUCUACGGCGACUUCUUCCUCGACAGCAACCCCGACUCGCUGCAGGUCACGCUCAUCUCGCGGACCAGCAGCGCCAACCGGGUCGUGGACGAGCUGCACGUCUCGUUCGACCACUCCCAGGGCAUGCCGUGGAUCCUGCCGGGCAUCCCACCGACGCACAAGCACGUCGAGAUCAUGCUGGUCAGCAUCGUGACGCUGAGGGGCGGCAAGCUGUACCACGAGCACAUAUACUGGGACCAGGCGAGCGUGCUGGUGCAGGUCGGGCUGCUCAAGCCGAGCAUGGUGCCGAAGAAGCUGAAGGAGCAGGGCGUGGAGAGGCUGCCGGUGGUGGGCAAGGAGCCCGCGGAGCGCAUCAUCGAGGGCGGGUACGACGAUGCGGACGGCGAAGCGGACAACGAGCUGCUGCCCGAGUUCUGGGACUACAGUGACGACGACGGAGACGACGACGAUAACGCGACGCGCCACGACACCAGGAAGCACGCCGAUGACAACGAUAAGCGCCACGACAGCGAUGCGGAGCAGGGCGGGUAUUACGGGACCGACGACGAGGCACAGCAGCAGGCACAGCCGCAGCAACAGCAGAAGCCUCAGCAAAAUGCAAAUGGCAAGGCGCCCGGGAAUCAACAACAGCAGCAGCAAAAACCGUCACAAAAGCCGAACGGGAAGAAGCAACAGCAGCAACAGCCUUCUCAGAAAGGCAAGGGGAAGCAAGUUGAAAGUUCGCGGGGACGGGGACGGGCUGCCGGGCCACAGGCUACGACUAUGGAGGAUACCGAAGACCGGGAAGGGUUCUGA